AUGGGGUCUUUUCCCGCAAAAAAUAAAGAUACCAGAUUGAAACCACUGCAGCAGGCGCGUGCGUCGUUGGACCCGCGUCCCCGGUUGUCGGCCUCCCAGCAAACGCAGAUCCUCAGCGACGUCCAGCAGCAGUUCGACGGGCCCGCGACCCAACAGCCGAGCGAGCCGGCCUCCUUGGCCACGGACGCCGGGGCGCCCUUCUCCUCGCUCGCCCGCUACAAGGUCGACCGCAAGAAACCGGGCCAACAGCAGCUCCAGGAGCAACUGCAGGGCCUCCAGCAGCGCGUCCAGCAGCACCAGUCCCAGGGCCCGAUCGUCCCGCCCCUCAACUACCAGCAGCACUUUGCCAACCACUUUGGGGACUUUCAGCCCCAACAGCCGGGCUUCCUCGACGAGCCCCGUCCCCAGCCCAACCCCCAGUUGGCCGAGUUUUACGAGAAACAGCGCCAACUCGAGAUCCUCCAGCGCCAGCGCGAGCAGCUCCUCCUCGAGCAGCAGGAGUUGCGACGCCAGCAGGAGCUUCUGAGGCUCCAGCAGCUCCAGCUCCGCUCGACCCUCCUGCCCUCGAGCCUCGGCACGCCCUUCCCCGUCUCUGGUGGUCCAGCCACGACCACGCCAACCACAACCACCACCACCACCACGCAGACGACUACGACCAGCAGUGGGGUGUUGCUGUCGUCGCCGACGGCGCGGAAGAUCACCGCCUCGGAGAACGACAUAUUCCUGAGGGCCAUUGCCACCCACCAGAAGAAGUACGCGAGCACGCAGAAGCCAGUGGCCAAGCAGUCCCUGGAUGAGCACCACCACCAGCAGCAGGACAUCCUGGCGCUGAUUCAGAACCAGCAGCAGCAGCAGCAGCAGGGCAAGAAGCCCCAGAUCAAGCUCGUCUACCAGACGGACAAGCCAACCAAGCAGACCUCGGACAGGGAGUUGCUGCUGCGCCAGCUCAAAUUGGCCCUGGCCCAGUCGGGGACCGACGACCGCGAGCGCAACGUCACGACCAGAGACGUCGUCCUGCCCAACGGCAAGCGGCUCCAGGUCAUACACGCGCCCAACGGUUUGCCGUCCACGACCACGACCAUCAAGCCGGCCAAGGCGGUCCUCGACGAGCUGACCAAGGGCGUGGUACCCCCAGGGGCCGACUUUGAGGUGUUGCGCCAGAGCAACGACGGCAAACUCGAGGACCUCGGCAAGAACCCGCUGCAGAACCAGCCGGCCAAGAAGGUCACCUUCGUCGUCCUCGAGGAACAGCCCGACGGCAGCUACAAGGUGCAAGGGGUGAAGGGCAACGUGGAAAAGGAGGCGGGGACGGACGUCGACUCGAUAGUCGAGCGCAUCAAGAAGGGCGAGAUCAAGCUGCCGCCCAGCAGCACCACCCAGCGCCAGGUUGCAUCCUCGACUACGAGCACGACGAUGACACCAACCACCACGACCACGACGGAGCGUCACUCGACGACCUACAGGACGACAUUUAGGCCGACCCUGCCGCAGACGAACCGCGGGCCCUUGGUCUCGGUGUCCCCGAACUCUGUCGCCUCGUCCGACAAGUACGUCACCUCGGCCUCGUCCAUAUCCAGCCACGCGCUCAACUCCAUCUCGACGACGGCCAAGCCGAGCCACCAGCAACAACUCGGUGUUAACCACGUGACUCUGAGGUAUCCGUCGUCGUCGCCGUUCCCCGUCUCGUCGAACGGCCUCCUCGACACCAACGAGAUAUUCGGCCCGACCACGCCAGCGAGCAACUACUUUGAGUACAACACGAGUCCCGCGACCUCGGUGGUCUCGGCGUCGGCGAGGCCCACGAGCAUCAGCCCCAGCUACGCCAACUCCAAGGAGAGCCUCUCGAGCCUCCUCAGACGGGAGGGCCUGUUCGCCAUGGCCAAGUACCUGAGGCAGUCGGGCCUCGACACUGUACUCAACGAGACAGGUCCUUACACCAUCUUCGUGCCCACCGACAAGGCCUUCCGUACGUUGCUCGUGCAGCUCGGCGGGCCCGAGAAGGCCGAGCAAAAGUUCCGCGACAACCCGCGCCUCCUCAGCGGAUUGUUGCUGCAUCACGUCGUCCCGGGGGCAUUUAGGAUCGACAGCUUGCAGGACGAGAUGACCGGGGUGAGUCUCGCGGGUACGCAGUUGCGCGUCAAUGUCUACCAGAUGCACGACCACGAGUGGAAUGACAUUCAGGUGACGACGAUAAACGGUGCCAGAGUGGCGCCCAACAAGCGCGACGUCGAGGUGCCCCAAGGCCUGGCCCACGCCAUAGACCGAGUGAUGUUCCCCCUGCCCGUGGGCGACCUCGUCCAGACCCUCCAGGCGGACCGCGAGCGCCGCUUCUCGGGCUUCCUCAAGAUCCUCCAUGCCUCGAACCUCGAGGAGAUGCUCUCUGGCGCCAAGACCUUCACCGUGUUCGCGCCCACGGACGCGGCCCUCGCCGAGGCGGCCGUCAAAAACGCCGAGACCCCCAUCUGGCAGGAAUCGGACGGACCCGACGCUGCCAAGGAACUAGUGCUCAGGCACGUCAUUCCCACGACCCUCUACACCGCUGGCAUGCGCUAUUACCACCAGAAGGACUCGCUCAGGGAACAAGCGCCCAUACAGAUACAAAAGACCGGCGGGCGCAUAAGAGUCAACGAGGGACACAUCGUCACGUACAACGUCCCUGCGACGAACGGGGUUUUGCACGCUAUCGACACGGUGUUGUGA